UUUCUAUUUUAUACGGAAAAUGUGUUUUUACAUAGUACAGAUAGGUUUGGUGAUGCUGUGAGUGUAUUGUUGACGUCUAUGGUGGAUAUAUGUCAAAGUAUUCGAUUUACUUUGACAUAUUGGGGGUUAUAAUUCAAAUAUGAAAGUCUUUAAGCCACUAUCCUUAGAACAGGCUCUCUACUUGGCUAAGGAAGCUGGAAUUGUUACGAAAGCAGAAGUACAAAAAUUGAUAAUUACUUCUCCCUCGUUUUCUCCUGAUAUAUCUCCUUUUUUGUUGAACAACUUUUUAAAAGGUCGCACAAAGGAGGGAGAAGAGGUCAAGGAGUCUGUAGAUGUAAAAACUCAACCUGAGAACGUUGAAAAGAUCAUUAAGAUCGAACAAAACAGUGAUAUCGCAAAAAUUGAUCAAGUUAUUGCGUCAAAAAUUAAUCCUGCAGGUUUAAAGCUAUUUUGGCACAAUAACUCUUGGUGGAACGUGUAUUCAGAAGGUGUUGGUACUUGUCUGAGGUCUACAUCUCAUGUUAUUCUCAAAAGGGGAUCAGGGAUGGUUAAAAUCAACAAUGAAGAGGAUGUAUAUAGUAGAUGGCCAUUAAUGUAUAACCGUAUGGAUGUCUUGGAACCAUUUUACUUAUCUGGCUGCGCGUGUGUAUAUGAUCUGUACAUUAAAACUCAAGGAGGAGGUACAACUGGUCAGUCAAGGGCAACGAGACUAGCAGUUGCAAGAGCACUAGUGAAUGCCAAUAGCUCUAUGCAGGAGAUUCUUAAAGAUGCCCUUUACGAAGACAUAAGGCAAAGAAUGCCAAAGAUGCCCGGAAGAAUUACUGCAAGAGCUCUGCGCAAGUGGAGUAAGAGAUAGUCAAACAGAUACUGUAAAAUAAUUAUUCUAUUUAUUUG